AUGUUGGGGCACACAUACCUCCCGCCGCCGCAGCGAGCAGACAGCUUGGAUCUCCUCGCACUCGAUGCAGUUGGGUUGCAAGACAGCUUUGAUCUGGCCGCCGGCGCCAAUUGCGAGCCGUUAGGAGCGCUGUCGAAGACGGCGCGGGGAGAUCUAGAUUUCGCGAAGCCUUUGGCAUCCGGAGCUAACGCAACGUCGAGGGCGAAGCAGCAGCGAUUAUCAGUUCAGCUAGAUACUUUCGAGUCCACCGAGGGCCAGGAGGAGAGUCGGGUAGUCGACAUUGUUCGCAAAUCGCAAAUCGCGACUCCUGGCGCAGUUAUUACCAAUCCAUCGCGCAACAUUUCCUCGUGUGGUACCAACCACCAGGCAAACCAUAUUUUGGCAAACGCAUACGAGGAUUGCUCUAUCAAGGAGCAAGUUCAGAACCAGUUGGCAGGUCAGUUCGAAUGGUUGAUCAUACGCCCAGCGCCAGCAACUUCAGCCGGGCACCAUGUCUCCCACACAACAAGCGAGAGCGAGAGCGACAUCUCCAGCGGGUCGAACGGGAAAAUGGUAUUCGGCUGCAAUUUGCUGUUUCGCAAGCGGCGAUCAGCCUCUAGGAAGGCCGGUGUCGGGUGUCCCUUAGCUAACAGCUACACUUUUAUAGCCACUCCUCUGGGGGUUGAUGCUAGCAUAGUGUUGCAGAACGAAGGGCCAGAGGGCCGAAACAUCAUGGCUGCCAUGUCGAAUGAUACCCAGGGUACCUACCUGGAUGCUUAUCAAAAACCAACUUCAACGAUUGAUGUCAUGGAGCAAGCCGUGUCACCCUCACUGACCGUUUUCAGUGAGAGGAGUGGCAGCUUUGCGGAUGGAUCCUCACGAGCUGGGUCUUUUUCACUGCCAAGGAUCGAGGACUCACUCGCUGAGCUCGAUCAGCUCGAGGAUGAAUUAGAAGCUGUUACAGCCAUCGCAAACUCCAAAAGCGGGGGAUCCUCCGAUCGUGGGAAGUCCCAACCGACUCAAGAGCCCGUGAUUGAUACGAAGAAGGACAAGGCUAGAAAGCGCGUCACACUGGCGAUCCCUCAGGGCGCCGCGACUGUGCGAGCAAAAUCCAGUGAGAAGAUACGGCCAGCGCUCCGGCGGAGCAGCUCAUUGACUCUACGAAGUCGCCCAACCGAGGAACAGAAAGUCCUUGUUUCAGUACAGAAUGAAGCUUCGCAGCCAAGGACCUCAGUAGCUCCUCGCUCGUCGGGCUCCAAGCCAAUGGUCACUUCGACAAAACCGCUUACAGUACCUAAUUUUGAACUCCCCGGCGAGGCUGUCGCUCGCCGACUAAAGGAACAGCGUGAAGCCCGCCGGGCACAACAACAAUCUACUGCGCCAAAGGCUUAUGUUGCACCCCCACGCCCAAAAUCCGACAAACCUUUGACGAAACCAUCCUUCGAGCUUCCUGGAGAGGCAAUCUCCCGGCGGAAACGAGAAGAGCGUGAGGCCAGACUGAAAGCUCAAGAAGAAGAAGAUCGUAAAAAGCGCGAGUUCAAGGCUCGUCCGGUCAGACAGAGUACAGGUCCAAUUCCCACUAUUCGCGCUCAGAAACCAAAAGCGGCCAUCAGUUCAGAUCUUAGUCAGAAGCCUCCUGCAGACACAACAUCGAAGGUCAAACAAACAUCCGCCGGCCCGGUGAAUUUUUCAUCAGCUGCACUAACUAUCGGUAAAGCUGCAGGCCGCCGAGGCCGAGUGUCGUUCAUCGAGCCUCCUGACGACGCAAGCCGCGGGACAUCUGAGUCGGCUAGAAGCACAUCUGGGAAGCGCAGUUCGGUAUCUGUUGAAGAAGUAGUGAACCAGCGGGCAAGAGGUAAGGAGAUUCUCAUCCAGGAUAAUAGCUUCAAGAUCAACCGGGAGCGCGAGAAGCGGGAACGAGAAGAGGCUGCGAAAUCGGCAAGGCAGCAGGCCGCCGAACGCUCUAGGGCAGCGAGCCGAGAAUGGGCAGAGAAGAAGCGGCGAAAAGAAGAGGCCCUCCUUCGAAAAGCUGCGCAGUCGAGCGAGGAGAGGAAGGGUUCGAGUGCUUGA